ACGAAUAGUUCCUAUUUUUCAGCUGACAAAAUGGAUAAUUACAUUGGAGUUGGUGAAUGCUUGCUCUUAUCUUGCGUGAAUGGUGUCAUCUUUGCUCUGUUCGCCGCUCAACCACUGCUGAUUGUAGGCGCCACCGGUCCUCUUAUGGUCUUUGACAUGAGUCUUUACCAAUUUUGCCAGACAAAUGAAAUUGAUUUCCUGUCCAUGAGAGUGUGGAUUGGCAUAUGGAUGACGGUCAUUGGGUUAUUAGUCGUUGCUGUGGAAGCCAUAGCUCUUGUGAGGAAGUUCACCAGGUUUAUCGAGGAGAUUUUUGCUUCCUUAGUUUGCAUCAUCUUCGUCUACGAGGCCAUUACAAAUAUGGCGGCUAUCUUUUAUGACCAUCCACUCUUGGAGGUGUAUAGCUGUGGAUAUUAUCCCUCAAAUACAACAUCUUAUCCUAAUACAACAAUGGAAGUCGGGUUCGAUAACAUCAGUGAUAUGUCAUUGCUUGACACUGUUAACGGCAGUAUCAUCGACAGUGAGGACGGCAGUAUCAUCGACAGUGUGAACGGCAGUAUCAGCGUUAGCGUCAAUAGCACUAUCAAGAAAGCUAUGAAAAAGCGCAAAAUGAACCCCCAGCCCAACACUGCUCUCCUCUCUCUCAUCCUCAUGCUGGGAACCUUUAUUAUUGCCAUUAAGCUCAAAUACUUUCGUAACUCUAAGUAUUUAGGCAGAGGCAUCCGUCGCUCUCUGGGAGAUUUUGGUGUUCCUAUCGCCAUUUUUCUCAUGGUGCUGCUAGAUUAUCUCAUCAAGGACACUUACACCGACAAGCUCACUAUGCCUGAAGGUAUACAGCCCUCCAACCCUGCAGUCCGAGGCUGGUUGAUCAACCCUAUGGGCCAGGAGAAGCCUCUGCCUAUUUAUUGCAUAUUUGCUGCAGCUCCCGCUUCUAUACUCGUCUUUUUCCUCAUCUUUCUCGAAGAAAACAUCUGCCAGUAAGUGGUGGUUAAAAAAAGUUCUUCGAGUC